AUGGCUCCGACCGCCGUCCAAUCGCCGCUUGAUCUGCCUCAUUCUACCUCGUACACAUAUCAGAACCCUUCCCCCAAAGUCUUCCCCGACGGUGUCAAGACUGCCGGCCAGUUCGAUCCAUUGUACAACCAGCUCGCCCAGUACUCGGCCUUUCCCAAAGAGAUCACCGGCCCUACAGUAUGGCAAGCUGAGGAGUACAAGAACAACCCCGAGCGCUGGACACACCCUUUCAGCAACGAUGAGAUUGCCGAGAUCAGCAAGGCUGCCGACGACUUCAUUGCCUCGUCCACCCCGUUGACCGGCAUCACCAAGGAAAAGUUCCCUUUGCCCUCUGCCACCGGCCGCCUGCUGCACUCGCUGCGUCACGAGUUGCUGAAUGGCAAAGGCUUCAUCCUCUUCAAGGGCUUCCCCGUGGAGCAAUGGGGCCUGCACAAGUCGGCUGUUGCCUACAUGGGCCUAGGCACAUACCUUGGCUACUUCGUCAGUCAGAACAGCCGUGGUCACGUCUUGGGCCAUGUCAAGGAUGUUGGCGAGGACAGCAGCCAGAUCGACAAAGUCCGCAUCUACCGCACCAACGCCCGCCAGUUCUUCCAUGCCGAUGACAGCGACAUUGUCGGUCUCCUCUGCAUCGCUCGAGCCCUCGAGGGCGGCGAGUCUGACCUCGUGUCGAGCCACGCCGUGUGGAACGCGCUGCAGAAGGAGAACCCCGACGUGGCCGAGCUGCUUACCCAGCCCAUCUGGUACUUUGACCGCAAGGGCGAGAAGUCGGUCGGUCAGCAGGACUGGAUCCGCACAUCCGUCUUCUACCUCGAGCCCAGGCCCGACGGUCGCGUCUACUCCAAGUGGGACCCAUACUAUGUCAAGUCUCUCACACGCUUCAGCGACACCGGCGCCAUCCCGGCUCUUUCGGCCGAACAACUUCGCGCUGCCCAGAUUCUCGAAGACACAUGCGUGCGUCUGUCUCUGCACAUGAUCCUCGAGAUUGGCGAUAUCCAGUUUUUGAGCAACGAACACGUUCUGCACGCUCGCACAGCCUACAAGGACCACGCCCCUCCAUUGCCGAGACGUCACCUCAUGAGACUCUGGCUCGCUACCCCAGAUACCGAGGGUGGCUGGACCCUGCCUUUCGAGGACAGUUCUCACAGAAAGCGUGGUGGCAUCCAAGUCAACGACAACCCUCCUGUUGCUCCCCUUGACGCCGAGUAA